UUUUGACAAAACAUAUGACAAAUUCAACAAUUCAAAAACUGAGUGGAUGUGUUUUUUAGGUGUGAGUUAAAACAUUAAAUUAAACGUAGAAAAUAAAAUUAUUUAAUGGCUUUGUAAAACUGAAACUGCGUGUAUUGAAAAAGCGGAACAAAUAGCAAUAGACAAGGAAGAAUGGCUGCAACCCCAGUUUGAAGAAAUCCGUUGAACGCCUAGUUUUUAUGUUGGUUGCUGUACAUUUGAAGAAUUAUGUUAAGAACAAUCUGCCAAUGGAACGCCGCUCAAAUCUGCAGAGAUUUCUCCAGGAGCGUCCUACUCCUUGAAAAACGGCCUGUUGAUAAGGGGCCAAAAGAAUGCAAGCCAAAGGACAGAGAGAAAAAGGAGAAAAAACCCCUUAAAAAAUGCAUGAGGAAACAAGACAAAUUUGAAUUAGAUUGCAAAGCGGCGAGGUAUUGUGACAAGUCCGCCUCGCAAAGGGAUCCCAAAGGUGGAAGUUAUUUAAUUUACAAAGCGCUGAGUCUGUUUUUGGGCAUCCCACUCAUGAUAGGUUCUACAUACGUGCUGUUAGGUCCAGAACAUGAACAUGAGAGGCAGCCAUUUGUCGCCUACCCGCACUUGAGGAAAAGAGAAGCCAAAUAUCCAUGGGGAGAUGGAAACCGCACGCUUUUUCACAAUCCUAAGGUCAACCCCUUGCCAGAAGGUUACGAAGACGAAAUAGGAGAGAAAUGAUUUCUUCAACCGUUGUCAAGGGAGGAGAGUGUUCCAACAUAAAAGAAACUUAGAAUCAUUGUCAUUAAAUCAUUUACUCUAACAAA